GCGACUUCUCCUAUAUAUUUUUUCUUUUUUUUGUCAUCUUCGCUUGGUGGUUACUGCGGCGGCGUGCGAUCGGCGUCGCGGAGAGACGACGGUUGUGCAUAACUCACAUAUUUUAUAGCAUUCCUGCUUCCAUUGUUUUCUUGGAGUUUCUUAGGAUUUGGUGGAAUCAUUGAAGCACACAAGAAUUUAGAUCAUCCUUUGCCCGAGGACUUCGCGAUAGCCGACGGUGAAGCAACAACCAUCAAUGGAGGCGGAAAGCAAUGCCUUCUACGUUGUUCGAAAAGGGGAUACCAUUGGUAUCUAUAAAAGUUUAAAUGAUUGUCUGGCUCAAAUUAGCUCUUCGGUAUCUGAUCCUUCCGUCAGUGCGUACAAAGGUUACUCUCUUCGUAAAGAAACAGAGGAGUAUCUUGCAUCUCGGGGGCUGAAAAAUGCUUUAUACUCCAUGAAUGCAGUUGACUUGAAAGAUGAUCUUUUUGGAACCCUAGUCCCUUGUCCUUUUCAGCAACCAGAUGGACUUGGCUCUUCAUUUGAUAAAACACCCAAAAUGGCAGCUUCUGAGAAAAGACCUAAGGAUUUGCUGAAUAACUUAGAUGCAACAGGCCGCAGGAUGGACGCGCACAAGGAGGCCACGCCAGCGAUCCAAGGGAGCAAGGGCGACAACAGCAAAUCCCUACAAAUCGGGUGGGAUAUCACAGCAAAUCAGGCAGCACAGCCCAACCGCCCAGCACAGCAACCAAAUCAGGCUGCGCCCGGGCAGAUGGCAGCCUCAGCUCAUGACACGCGCACAGGCCACACCGAGAUCAAAUCCCGAGUGCCCACCUCAAUGCAGCACAUGGCCAAAAGAGAACCAAGUUUAGCCAGCCCCUUGCGGCCAAAUUAGAAGUCUUUUGUCAUUUGAAUUAAGUCCAAAAUAAGCCAAGGCAAUCGGCCUAUAAGAGGAGCCAUUAGGGCCCUUAGUCCGGCAUCUCUU